UGCCAGGAGCGCUUUGUAAAUGACAUCGAAAAAGUCAUAAAGAAGGAAAAAAGUUUCUCGUUUCCAGCAUAUUUAUUAUUUGGCCAGUUUGUAUUGAAUUUCUCGAUAUUUCUAUAUUUACGAAGUGACAAUGGACUCCACCAAAGCUGCUGAUGAACAGCAACAGCAAGCCCAAACCGCUACAAAUGCCUCUCAAAAGAAACGCAAUCGUAACAAAAGCAACUCCCAAGCGAAAGUGGAGCCAGACACAUCACCCGAAGAAAUUCCCAUCGAAGAUGCCAUGAAGGCAGUCAGUUUAGCUCCGCAUCAGCAAAUAAAUUACAUGCCCUUGAAGACGCCGGUCUCCGUGUUGCAAGAACUUCUUAGUCGUCAGGGAAUCACGCCUAGCUACGAAUUGGUGCAAAUCGAAGGCGCUAUCCAUGAACCAACGUUCCGUUAUAGAGUUUCGUAUGGCGACAAAGACGCUAUGGGCGCUGGAAAAUCCAAGAAGGAAGCAAAACAUGCGGCUGCGAAAAAUUUAAUAGAUAAAAUGACUGGAGCGCCGUUCAACGAAAGUAACACCAAUAAUUCAUCGAACGGAAAUCUAGAUUCCUCUAACUCUAGCUUGGGUAACCCUAUCGGCUGGCUUCAAGAAUUGUGCAUGGCUCGACGGUGGCCACCACCAACUUAUGAAACUGAAUUGGAAGUGGGCCUACCGCAUGAACGACAAUUUACCAUUGCCUGUGUCGUGCUGAAGCAUCGUGAAAUCGGACAAGGAAAGAGCAAAAAAGUUGCUAAGCGAUCGGCGGCGAAUAAAAUGUGGAUUAAGUUACAAGAAACGCCACUGGAUCAGGGUCAAAUCAAUCAAGUUUUAGACGAAGAUGGUAAUGUUGAGAUACGUGUCGUAAACAUAUUAAAUCGCUAUUCGGACCUAAAAGACGUACGGGUGCCGAUUUUAACAAACCAGCAUGUCGGAAAAGUGUCCCAGUUCCAUAAAUCUUUAAAAGCUCGAUUCGGCAAAAGUUUAGCUGAUUUACAGACUUCAUGCUUGAACGAUAAAGACGUCAACUUCGUACAGUUUCUCCAAGAGAUUGCUAACGAACACCAGUUCGAAGUCACUUAUGUCGAUAUUGAAGAGAAAACAUACAGCGGACGUUGUCAGUGCUUGGUUCAACUAUCAACCCUACCGGUGGCUGUUUGUCAAGGAUCUGGUGCGACGACCAAAGAUGCCCAAUCUCAUGCCGCUCGUAAUGCAUUGGAAUAUUUGAAAAUUAUGACGAAAAUGUAAAGCAAAAAAAAUAUGGAAAUUUGGCAAAGCUAAAAACGAUCUUUCAAUUUAUCAAAUGUAACCGAGCAUCACCACAACGGAUACGUUUGCCAAUGAUGUCUUCGUUAUAAAGUAUGUGUUUAUUCUAUCAAAAAAAAAAGUUGAUAACGUUACAGUCCCGCGUCCCAACUAUAAAUUCAAGAUGUGAUACAUGUUCGAAUUCAAAAUGAUUGAUCCAACAGCGACGAAACCAUUCUGAAAUUCAAUUCAGUAUUUGGAUUUUGAAUUGAGUUUUAUCGAACAAGUAUAACAACUUCAAUUUAUAGUGUGCACGAUGCGGGAGCUGAAUUCCGUAGUCAGUGAAUUUUACACGUAUUUUGCGUGUACACUAAUUGCAUAAAUAACUAGUAAGAGAAAUGUUUUUAACAAAAUAAUUAUUUAUCCUCGUUUAAAGGAAGUGAGAGAGUAAUAAAGUUUUAACAAAUUUUAAAAGAAAGCUGAACCUUCUGUAGCAGACGCAUCGAGCUACUAUCAAAAAUCAGUUCGAAUUGGAAUGUCCUUUGAUUUUCCCGAAAACUAUCCCCGGUAACUUAGAUUUCCAGAAUCCGAUUUUGACGUUCUUGACGUGCUUAACAUUAUAUAAGCGACUAUAGUCAUCUGCUAUCGACUAGAGCAAGCUAUGAACUUUGAAGAUGUUCAUAGCGAUGUGUGCGAUGAGAAUAAUGAAGUAAUAGAUUUGUGUGAACUGUUAGGAGAUACUUGAUACGAAUGGUACUAUCGGUACUAUCUGAGCGUUAUAUUGGGUUAUCACUCGAAAUAAUGGAAUUACCGUUAUGUUGUUCCGAUAUUGGUCGAAAUUGAGUGAAAUAACGGUAAAGUACUUCAAAAAAUUGAUAAAAGGAAAAGUACCAUUGGGAAACCCAGAAAAUUUAGAUGCUGGAAUAUGUUUGCUCGUACACCAAAGUCUAUUAUUUGGUAAUGUUAUUCACUGAAUCUGCUCAAAUUUUUCGAUAAAGUUUUCUUUUUAAUUCAGAACCUUUUUGGUGAAUUUCGAACACUUUCAGCAAUUUCAGUAAAUUAUUAAUUACUCAAUAAUAUGCCCUGUUGCUCUUUCUUAAGCUAGGUAGUAUCACUGAGAUAUUGCGAUUUGUCAAAUUAGAAUUUCUUCAACAUAUGUCUUCUGCACAUUGAAACUUUCUUUAUCGAAUGUAUCGAACGGCAAAUUUCAAAAAAAUAGUUUCUGCAAAUCACAAAGUAACGCCGUACAUUCAUUCGGUUCAAUCCGACAGAAAAUUCGUACUAAAUAAACUUGCACAAACAGAUUUAUCCACAUUAAUGAAACUUGGACAAUACGAACAGACUUCCUAAUCUAAAUUAAUCUGAAUUUUUAUCUUGAUUUUACUUUCAAUUAAUCAAUCGAAACCAAAAUAAGUUUGAAAUCUAGCUUACCAAAUGAUCGAUGAAUCGAUUUGGAACGAAAAAAAUUGUUACCGCGUCGCUGAGAAAAGUCUCCAGGUAACCUACAAUAACUGCCACAGCUGUUCAUACAAAAUCUAUAUCUGUAGCUAACAGUUAACAUUUUCAACUUUUUUUGUCAGUGUGUACGGAAUCUCUCCAAAUUUGUAACGGCAGGGUAAAUUGAAAUGAUCGAUUAUUAAGACUUUUAGCGUAUUGUGAUUUGAAAACGAGUACAGAUCUAAAUAAUUUCGGUCGAUUUGCAUAACAUUCACAAUGUUUUUUCGGUGUAUUGAGCUUGCGCGCGCACGUUUAUACUUUGAACUCGAGCUUAUGCGUAUGCAUUGGAACUGUUUACAGAUAAAAAAAAACAUAACAAAUACAUCAUAAACAGUUCAAAUGGGCAGUAUGUAAGACUACACUGACUUUCAAAUCUGUAUACACUCAGAAUCGAUCAUUUCAUUUUGCUUCCACUUUUUUAUUGCAUUUUUGCUUAGGAUGGCUGAAGUUAUGGUACACACCCCCUUGAUCCCAUAAUCUCUCACUCUCUCUUUCGAUUUAGACUGGGCUUCCGAACCGAUUUCCUGAACCUCGACACAAUAACCAAACCCUUUUCUUGAUUAAGAACCGUAACCCGAACCUGAACCGCUUUUUGAUUUCUUUUUUUUUUUUGAAACCCCGAACUAGUCCAAGUGUCAGAAAAAUAGCACCAUUCGCAAAAAAAUGUAUUUACUUAAAGAGUCGAUUUUCAAGCGGAUGGACAGAAGAGACUGGACUAAGCCGAUUACCGAACCGCUUUCGUAAAAGUUCGGAAGACCGAUUUAAUCCAUACUACUACCUAAUAGAAAAUGUUUAAAUAAAACUUUUAAAAAAUGCAGAAAAUUUCCUCAGUUAUUUAUGUACGUAGUGUAAUGAAAAAUAAUCAAUUAAAAACAAAAUUAAAACAAAAAAGAAACUGAGCCGAACAUUUACACAACAGCAAAACAAAAAUUUAUUGUGCUGCAAAAUGUUGCUCAUAAUGGAAAAAAGGUUAAAAUAUUAUACAAGCUAUACUUUGCAUAGAAUUAGUGGGAUUUUCCAUAAAAUGGAAACUGAUAUUUAAACCAAAAAUAAAAAUAUUUUCUGCAAAUUUUUGAACAUGAAUUUUUAAAAAGAUAAACCUAAAAAUGCUUUCUUAAUCAAUGAAUAAAAUAAAUUUAAAAAAAACGAAAAAAAAAAUUAAUCUUACUCGCCACUAAAAUAUUAACCAAAAGGAAAAAAAAGAGAAACUUUAAUUACUUAUAUUAACAGUAAAUAUUUAUCGUGUUGAUUUCUAAAUGUCGAUUUAAAAAAGAAAACCAAAACUAAUCAAAGAAGAAAAAAUAUUAUUCUAAACAAUAUAAUGCUAAAAAAUAAAAAUAUUUUUUUCUUCUCAUUAUAUUGGUUAAUAAUAUCAAAAUAAACCAGCAACUAUACUCCUGUGUAGUGAACUACUGUAGCGAUGGCAUGAAAAGAAAAAAAUAAUGGAAAAUAAAGUUAAACGAUAAAUUAUU